AUCGCCAAGCGUAGUGUGGACUUUGGUCAGUUUUGUUGUGACCGCGAAUCGAGACGGUAGCCAAAAGGUGAUGGUCUUCUAAUAGUUAAUUUUCAUGGUCAUUGGUGCUUAGAGGCGGAAUUGGUACUGCAGUGAAAGUGCACUAAGAGUGUUCUGAGAAAUCAAUUAUAGUGUGUUGUUGUUAAUAUUCAAGAUCAUGCCCUGUGGGGGUUGUAUUCACAGUAGGAACAAUAAAUAGAUGUUCGACAAGUUAACAGAAGGCGUCCAAAGCAUAAAACCGCCACUAAAUUGACUGAAUGAUUGGAGUCGAUAAAAUCGGAGAACCCUUUUCAACGACGAACUCAUUGGGAAACCCGCAAAAAGGGAAAAGGCGUUGAUUCAACUGGAAGUCAUUUGAAGCAGGACUAGUGAGUGUAGGAGAGCAUAAGUGAAAGUGAAAUUUAAAAAAAUAUACAAGAGUACAGCUUUUCCGUUUGCUGCUGAAACAUAAAAAAAAACUCUUUGUAAGUGAAAUAGGAAGCUUGUGCACAGUCGGUACAGAUUCCCAGUAGAACGAGAACAAAAAAAUGGGUUGUGCGAGCAGUUCACCGCUAAUCAACGGUGGUGGCCCCGGUGGCAUCGUGGUAACGGCAAAGGAAACAGCCAGCAAGACUGCGAACGAGGUUCUGCAUGCCGGAGAAACUGCAAUUCUCGAUGUUGGAGAGCACAUGAAAGAUGCAGUGAAAAACGUGGCCAGCGAAAUCGAAGGGGUACUAGGAGGAAAGACAGCAAACAAAGACAAGAGCGACCACGUAAACGAAAGCGAUCUUCCCCAACUGAACGGUCACGACAAGGACGGCUCGGACUAUCAAAUAAUUCCUUUGAAAGACCCGAAACAACCCGGCGUCGAUGAGAGCUUAGAGAACAUGAAAAAUAAUCUUCUGAAAAAGGCACAAAGCUUCAGCGACGAUACGGAGAAAAUGGCCGACGACAUUAUGAAGGAAACGGAAGAUCUGAUUCGGGACGCAGAAACCGGCAUUGCUGAUCAGGGGAAGGAAAUGCUGACACGAAUAACCUCCUCCGAUGAUGGUACGAUUGAAAUUCUCAACUUAGAAGGUAAUAGCACUAGCUCUCCGACUCAUUCCAUUGAUAGCUUAAAAACCUCUUCACCAGAACCGGAAAUCGAACGGAUACUGGACAACGACCCGCAAUGCCCCCCAACGCCGGAAGCCACCAUGAACAGUUUGGUAUCGUCGUCGGAUGGUGCUGGUACCGAGUCCGAAGCCGUUGAUUCUGCGGCAACAGUUAUCGAACAGGUGAAACCGGAUCCUGGUCAUGACGAAAGCAAGCGAGAAGCGUGAGUACGGUCACUGAUACAAUCCCAGAACAUCGCACGCACAAAUAUCACCUUAUUUCUCCUGCCUCUUCAUCGUGUGGUAGCAACAUGCAACUAUAAACUAAUGUUAUCAGAAUUGAUGCAACCUUUUGUACAAACUUUCAGGAUAGACGAAUAUCAUUUAUAGGAUUUUUAUUCAAUUAGGAUGAAAUUGAAUGAAAAUGCAUGAGAGCAGAUCUAAGAAUGUAAAUAUUAAAUAAACAUACUUUUUUUUUCUUU